UUUAAAAGGCCAGGGAGUGUAGAGAUUUUGGCUAUGACUUGUCUGCUGGUAUUUUCUUAAGUAAUAUCACUGUUCGUUAAUUGAUUGUUUAUAUUCAAUUGAUACUGUGUUAUUCAUUUGAGCAACUUGAACUAUGGUGAGAACUCUAGUUUGUUAUGACAAGUCACGAACUACAGAGAAAUCCCGUUUCAUUCAAGCUCCUUUCUUCUCCAUUCUUUAAGCUCCUUCUGGGAUGGAUAUUCGUCAUCCUGAUAUAUUUAUACUUUAUACUUCCAAUUUUCCAAUCUAUAUGACCUUUUUCUAUUGUAGGACAUUUCAAGAUGUUUGAAACCAUUCUAUUAAGAUAAAAUUAUCACAAGUUUUAAGAAUUUAAAUGUGUUAAAUUAUUCUCUCUUUAACAUAAAAAUACUAGUGUUUUUUCUAGCCCUAUAUUUGUUUUGUUGGAAUAGGAUUGAAGAUCUAUCAUGUUUAGUUGCUAGUUUAACUUUCAAUUUAGAAUUUAUUCGUAAAUGGACACGGUGCCUCCUAGCAAACAAUCAUUAGUUCUUUUAUCGAGGACUUGUUAUCAAUAUUUCCUUUGUUGCAAUUUAUUUGACACUCUUUGUUUCGGGAUGUCACAAAAUAUUUGAUACCAUUUCUUUACCUGCUAUUUGUUAUUGUAAGGAUCCAUCAUAAAUUAACUAGUUUUACAUUGAUCAUUAGCUCCUUAUUUAUUAAGGUUUGAUAUCAGCAAAUUAGUUCAUAUGUCUAGGCUCAAUUUCCAGGAGAAUAGAGACGUAACACAUAGAAUUAAAAUUGUAUAGUUGUGAUGAAGAAGUGUCACAUGAGUGUAAUGCAGUAAGGAGAUACCUACCAGAGUGAAAGGCUAAGUUAUAACUUAUAGGAUAGUUGUGAGACCAACAAUGAUAUACUGGAGUGGGUGUUGAGUUUGAGGUUUAACAUAUUCAUAGGAUGUGUGUCAAAGAAAUACAAAUGUUAUGAUAGAUGUGCCAUGUGCAGUUAUACAAAAUUAUAUAAGAUAAGAAAUGAUUAUGUCUGACAAAAAGUACAAAUAGAACUCAUAGAGGAUAGAAAGAAAAAAGGUCCCAUAUGAUGGUUCGGUCAUGUCUUACGUUAGAUGUUCAAAUGAAACGGUUUGUAAGUGUGAUGCUAGGAUGGUUGAAGGUGUUAAAAGGACGAGGUAAAUCUAAAAUUACAUGGACGGAAGUUGUCUCAAUGAACUUACAAUCUCUUGAAAUCCAUGCGAAAUUAGCGAAUUACAAAAUAAUGGAAGCGAAAGACCAUAUAGGUAAUUCUGACCAGUUAGGAUUAAGUUUUAGUUAUGUCGUGACACUUGCAUUAAGUAUGUUGUUUGCCAGGAGUCCUUUUUAUUCAAUAGUGAUUUGUUUUUCAGCAGAAAAUGUAGAAAAUCUUUAUUUAUAGAGAAUCCUUAGUUUGUCUUGAGUAUUAAGAGCUUCAACGGGAGCAUAAUGGAUAGUGGAUAUUCAUAUAGCUGACCCCAACUAGCUUAGGAUUGAAGCAUAGUUGUUGUUAAUUAAUAUUGGAACUUGGAGCCCCGAGUAGAGUUGAAUGGUUGCAGAAGAACCAUAUUGCUAUCUCCAAUUCUUUUAGAUUUAAGGCAUAUUUGCUGUUUUUUUUGUUUCAUUCCAGAAUAUUUGCUGUUGUUUUCUUACUAGUAUUAUCUAAUAUAACUUUGUCAAGUUUUGGUAAUUGAUUUAACUAAUAAUAUUCAAACAUUUAUAUGGUGUUUUUUUUCCUUUCAACUAACUUUUAACUAUCACUUUUAUAUUAUUUUUUUAGUUACCCCUUGUUAAAUUUCUCUUCGGUCUUCUUAAUAUCUUGUUGUUAUUGCUUGUUGCUACUACUUCUUUUCAUCUUUUCUUCAGCCGAGAGUCUAACGGAAACAACCUCUCUGCCCUCCCAAGGUAAGGGUGUUUUCAUGCCCUAAAACUUAGGACGUUGAAGCUUUUGUGAUGGAAGAAGGAGAUUCUGCUGUAAAGAGAUGGGAGGACCUUGAUAACGAUAUCUUGGUGAAGAUAUUGCAGUCCUUUGACCUCUUUGAGUUGACUUCUGGACUUGCUCAAGUUUGUAGUUCGUGGCGAUUAGCUUGCUCUGAUCAACUUCUCUGGAAAACGCUGGACUUGUCUGUACUAAAAUCAAAUUUCAUCAAAAUCCCGUUAGAGCCGUACGUAUAUGUGGACUGUCAGUCUGAUAAAACAUUAACCCGCCUCCUGAGGAUUGCUUUGAACCUCAGUCGUGGAAACAUACUAACGUUAAUCUUCCAUUACAAUCUGUAUGUCAGUGACAAUCAGUUGACUUAUACUGCCGAGAGGUGUCCGCGGCUUAAACGUCUAGUUAUGCCUGCUUGGAACAGAAUAAAAAAGACAGGAAUAUGCAGAGCUAUUCGUAUUUGGGAAGAUCUUGAAUCACUGACAAUGCCUAGCAUUGCAAAUCCACCAUACGUCAUGGAGGAAAUUGCAAGGAAUUGCAAAAAAUUUGCUGAGCUCAAGAUUAUGGGGCCAUGUGAUAUUCUCUUUGCGUCUACACUGGUAGCAUUUCUUCCAAACUUGAAAGUACUGAGUGUGCGGUGCACAAUGCUAUCUAAAGGCGCCUUAGUUAUUAUCUUGGAGGGCUUAAAAAAGUUGGAAGUGCUCAAUAUUUCUCAUUGUCUAAUCACUGAAGUCCCUCCAUCUUCACCAAGAAAAGUUCUGACCAAGCUUGAUGAAUCAAUUCUUGAAAAAGCCUCUAGAUUACGCAAAUUCCUAACUUGCAUGAGUGACUCGUGCAUCAUGUGUCAGCGAACCCGAAACGAUGAAGGGCUGAUGAGGUGGUAUAAAUAUGAAGAAGACCUCUGGAAAGUGGAUGAGGUGAGAUCUCUUGCAAUUUGACAACUUUAAGGAUAUAUUGCUUUUCAUAAGUUAGAUACCUUGUUAAAGGUCCAGUGAAUGUUGUAAAAUUGUGUAUAUGAAGCAAAAUAAAACCUUGUCAUUGUUAAUGGAAGUGAAUCAGCUUCCGGUUGCUAGCCGCAGGUAUUAUCCUUUGGUGGCCAAAGGGAGAGUAGCUUUGUAGUAUAGGAGACAUAAAACUGUAUCAUCAUGCACAUGGGAGAGUACUGUUACUUUCAUGUUUUAAUUUUGUAACAUUAGUGUAUUUUCUUCGGCAGGAUUGUUUUCCUGUUCUAUCACA